UAAUACUAGCCAAAAUAACUAAAGAGAUACUUGCCAGUGGCCGCAAGGGUAGGGGAGAUUACGGGGAUAUUUCAGGCCCAAAACCGCAAAAAUGGCGAGUGUUUCCUACCACAUCGCCAACCUGCUGGAGAAAAUGACAAGCACAGACAAGGAUUACCGCUUCAUGGCAACCAACGACUUGAUGACAGAGCUGCAAAAGGACUCCAUUAAGCUGGACGACGACUCGGAAAGGAAGGUCGUUAAGAUGCUCCUGAGAUUGCUCGAAGACAAAAAUGGGGAGGUGCAGAAUCUGGCUGUCAAAUGCCUGGGUCCACUAGUAAACAAAGUGAAGGAAUUCCACGUAUAUUCCAUUGUGGAGAGCCUUUGUGACCACAUGGUGAGCGAGAGGGAGCAGCUGAGGGACAUGUCAUCGCUGGCCCUUAAGACAGUCAUCAAUGAGCUGCCAGCCUCUUCCACCGCCCUCGUGGCCAACAUAUGCAAGAGAGUCACCGAUAGGCUGUCUGAGGCAAUUGUCAGGCAAGAAGACGUCAGUGUACAGUUAGAAGCACUGGACAUCCUGGGGGACUUGCUGGCACGGUUUGGCUCCCUCCUCAUCUCCUUCCACCCAAAUAUCCUGGAUGCUCUGUUGCCGCAGCUCGCCUCGCCCCGCCUGGCCGUCAGGAAGCGGACCAUCAUUGCCUUGAGUCACCUGGUUGUGUCCUGCUCCCCUCAGAUUUAUGCAAGGCUAAUGGAUUUCCUUAUAGAAGAGCUGGCUAAAAAUUCUUCCAUGUCAACCACCAGGACUUAUAUUCAGUGCAUUGCGGCCAUCAGCCGUCAAGCAGGACACAGGUUUGGGGAGUACCUGGAGCGGGUGAUGCCCCUCAUUGUGCAGUACGUGGCUGUGGAUGAUGACGAGCUGAGGGAGUACUGCAUCUCUGCCUGCGAGGCCUUCACUCUGCGCUGCCCCAAGGAGAUCACCCCACACCUCUCCACUAUCGUUGAAAUGUGUCUUAAGUACAUUACCCACGAUCCCAACUACAACUAUGAUGACUAUGAUGAUGACGAGGGCCAGAUGGACAUGGACGAGGAUGAUGACGGGGAGGAAGAUGAUGAAUACUCCGACGAUGAUGACAUGUCCUGGAAGGUGCGUCGUUCCUCUGCCAAGUGCUUGGAGGCUGUCAUUUCCACCAGACACGAGAUGCUCAUUGAGUUUUACAAGACAGUCUCCCCACAGCUCAUCAACAGGUUCAAAGAGAGGGAGGAGAACGUGAAGGUGGAUAUUUUUCACGCCUACAUGGCCCUGCUGAGACAGACGCGUCCCUCCCUUAGCCUCAGCCUGGACCCAGAUGCCAUGGAACAAGAGGAAAGCACUAUUUCUAUGUUAAAACAGCAGGUGCCAGCUCUGGUGAAGUCCGUGCACAGACAGAUGAAGGAGAAGAGCAUCAAGACACGUCAGGGUUGCUUCGCCCUCCUGACAGAGCUGGUCCAGGUGUACCCAGGCGCCCUCACCCACCACAUCCCUGCCCUCAUUCCUGGCAUACAGUUCUCCCUUGGGGAUAAAAACAGCAGCAGCAACAUGAAGAUCGAUACCCUGGCCUUUGUUCACUGCCUGCUGGUGCAUCACAGUGGAGAGGUCUUUCACCAGCACAUAGGGGAACUGCUGCCCCCUGUGGUGACCUGCGUGGCUGAUCCCUUCUACAAGAUUACCGCUGAGGCCUUGCUUGUCCUCCAGCAGAUCGUGAAAGUCAUCAGACCAUUGGACCUGGCCUCCUCGUUUGACUUCACUCCAUACACCGGUGACCUGUAUCACUGCACACUGGCCAGGCUGAGGGCGGCCGACCUGGACCAGGAGGUGAAGGAGCGGGCCAUUGCUUGCAUGGGACAGAUCAUCUCACACCUCGGCGACCAUUUGCAGGGCGAACUGGGCACCUGUCUCCCCAUCUUCCUGGACCGUCUGCGCAACGAGAUCACCCGUCUCACAACAGUCAAGGCACUCACGAAGGUGGCCGCCUCACCGCUGCGGAUCGACUUGCGGUCCAUUCUUGGCGAGGCUCUACCUGUGCUGGCCUCCUUCCUACGCAAGAACCAGAGGGCGCUCAAGCUGGCCACACUCACCCUGCUGGACACUGUGGUCACAAACUAUUCCACAGCUCUUAGUCCUCAGAUGCUGGAUAAGGUGCUUGUUGAGCUGCCCCUCAUCAAUGAAUCAGAUUUGCAUAUUGCACAGCUCUGCCUCACCCUGCUCACCUCCACUGCCAAGCUUCACAAAUCCUCCCUCGGCAACUUCCUCCAGCUGACCAUGCCUGAUGUGAUGGCCUUGGUACGCUCUCCUCUUCUGCAGGGAGGAGCACUGAAGGCCAUGCAGGACCUGUUUGAGGCAGUGGUGAGGGCGGGUCUACCUGGACUUGGCUAUCAGGAUAUUUUGACACACCUCCUUGCCCCUCUCGUCUCCCCCCAGGCCUCCAGUAUUCAUAAGCAGGCUUACCACUCGAUGGCGAAGUGUGUGGCAGCCCUGACUUUAACACACCCCAGCGAGGCAGUUGGUGUGGUGAACCGGUUCCUCAUGGAUGUGACCAACCCACGUUCCCCCACAGUGCAGUCCUUCUCCCUCCUGGCCAUUGGGGAGAUCGGCAAGCAUAUAGACCUAAGUGGAAUCCCCCAGCUGAAGGACGCGGUGGUGGCGUCCUUCAGCUCACCAUCAGAGGAGGUGAAGUCAGCUGCGUCCUAUGCGCUGGGCCACCUCAGCUGCGGGAACCUCCAGGAGUACCUUCCCUUUGUCCUGUCGGAGAUCGAGGCGAACCCCAAAAGACAGUACCUUCUUCUGCAUUCCCUUAAAGAAAUCAUCAGCCUUCAGAGCAAGAGUGCAGAGGGCGUGAAGGUCCUGCAGGGUUUCGUGAGUGACAUUUGGGCACAGCUGUUUCGCCAUACAGAGUGCAUGGAGGAGGGGACCAGGAACGUCGUAGCCGAGUGUCUUGGUAAACUGACCCUAAUCAACCCCUCUGCUCUACUCCCGAAGCUCCAGGAGUCCCUGAAAACAGACUCCCCCAUGAUGCGUACCACUAUUGUCACUGCCAUUAAGUUCACCAUAUCAGACCAGCCCACAGCCAUCGAUAGCUUACUGCGACACAGCAUUGGCGACUUCCUCUCCACCUUACAAGAUCCUGAUUUAAAUGUCCGUCGUGUGGCCCUCGUCGCCUUCAACUCCGCAGCCCACAACAAGCCCUCCCUCGUGCGUGACCUCCUUGACACCAUCCUGCCUCAGCUCUAUAAUGAAACUAAAGUCAGGAAAGAGCUGAUUCGUGAAGUAGAAAUGGGUCCGUUCAAACACACAGUGGAUGACGGGCUGGACAUCCGUAAGGCAGCGUUCGAGUGCAUGUACACCCUCUUGGAGACCUGCCUGGACCGUGUGGACAUCUAUGUGUUCCUGGAGCAUGUGGAGGGCGGGCUGAGGGACCACUAUGACAUUAAAAUGCUCACUUAUCUCAUGUUGACACGUCUUGCCCACCUAUGUCCCCAGGCUGUGCUGCAAAGGCUGGAGCGACUGGUGGAACCCUUGCGUACAACAGUGACAACCAAAGUGAAAGCCAACUCAGUCAAACAGGAGUACGAGAAACAGGACGAACUGAAGAGAUCUGCAAUGAGAGCUGUGGCCGCCCUUCUUACAAUCCCCGACGCCGACAAAAACCCACAGCUUUCGGAAUUCGUAGCCCACAUCAAGUCCACCCCAGAGCUGCAGUCCUUGUUUGAGAGCAUCCAGCGCGACGCCUGCCCCACUCACGACGCCAUGAUGGACUUAAGUUGAAUGGGUCUCGGCUGUGGGUGUCUCUGCGUCCCUGCCAAGCUGUUUGUGUGUAGAGGGAGGUGAUAAUGAGGUGUAAGGAAGGUUUAAGUAAAGCUCUUGCUGUUGUUGCUGCUGGUGGCCCCUGUUAGAGAGAGAGAGAGUGAGAUAGAGAGGGAGAGAGGGAGGGAGAGGUGGGGGAAGGUACCUUGAGAUAGAGGUAUUUCAUAAAGAGAGAGAGAGGGAGAAGAGGGAAGGAAAGGAGUUUAAAAGUACUUAUUUCUUUCUCUCUCCUUCCUCUUGUGAAUUUGAAAGAGGGAGAGGAAAAAAGUUUAAAAGUACUAAUAAUUUCUUUCUUUUCCUCUUUCUCUUAUGGCUUAGAAAUAGAGAGAGAGAGAGAGAGAGAAUCAUAGGUCAAUCUCUCUCUCUCUCUCUCUCUCUCUCUCUCUCUCUCUCUCUCUCUCUCUCUCUCUCUCUCUCUCUCUCUCUCUCUCUCUCUCUCUCUCUCUCUCUCUCUCUCUCUCUCUCUCUCUCUCUCUCUCUCUCUCUCUCUCUCUCUCUCUCUCUCUCUCUCUCUCUCUCUCUCUCUCUCUCUCUCUCUCUCUCUCUCUCUCUCUCUCUCUCUCUCUCUCUCUCUCUCUCUCUCUCUCUCUCUCUCUCUCAAACCAGAGAGAGAGAGAGAGAAAGUCUAAAAUGAAGAGAAGAAAGAGAAGCUGAAAGAUUUAAACUAUAACUUCCUCCUCCUCCUCCUCCUCCUCCUCCUCCUCCUCCUCCUCCUCCUCGCAGCAUAUAGUGAGUCGAGGGAGUAAAACUGGUGAUUUUGUGAUUUAAAGUGUAUUUCCAAUGUAAUGAAAAGAAAAUGGGACUUCUUGGGGUGGCUGCAGUUUUGUGACCGGCAAUAGUGAAAAUAGGAAAAAUAUUGAGGGAAUGGGGAAAAAAUAAUGUGACUUUUUAUUCUUUCGAGUUUAAGGAAGGGCAGUGUAAAAAUUUUGUGACGACCUUGAAUGCAAAAAAAUAGGUGAAAGCUGAAAAAGAUAAUAUAAAAGUUGAUUUUUUUUUUCGAAAACGGAAAGUUAAAAAAGAAAAAACAAAACGCUAGAAAUGAGUGGAAAAAAGAGCCUAACUGAAUUUAUUGCAGUAUUUCCUGUUUGAGAUACUGGCGGAAAAAAAAAUUAUAUAUAUAUAUAUAUAUAUAUAUAUAUAUAUAUAUAUAUAUAUAUAUAUAUAUAUAUAUAUAUAUAUAUAUAUAUAUAUAUAUAUAUAUAUAUAUAUAUAUAUAUAUAUAUAUAUAUAUAUAUAUGACCGAAUUUAUUUCAGUAUAUCAAUAAAAAAAAAGUGGAGAAAUAAUGAUGAAAAAAAAAUAUUAGAACAAAACACGUGCAAGAUUUGCAAAUUAUAACUUUUUUAUUGUUUUGAAUGUUCUCGUUUUCUCCUUCCCGUUUUUUUGUUUCGUGAAUUGAAUGGGGGGACUGAUGAAGAAGCAGCUUGUUAUGCUUAAAAUAAAUAUAAAAAAAGAAAGAAAAAAAUAUAUGGCCCAUUUUUUAAACUUAGCACAGUAGAAAGAAAUGCUUGAAGGAAAUUAAUGGUUCUUGAGUGUGUGCGUGCGUGUGUGUGUGUGUGUGUGUGUGUGUGUGUGUGUGUGUGUGUGUCCCCCAUCCCCCUUCCGCGCAAAAAAAAAAUAAUAAUAAUGUAAAAAAAUCGCAUUAGUAUUUCUUUUUUCGUCGCGUAUAAGCAAAAGAAAUGUGAUGGUGAUUGGAAUAAAAAAAAAAGCAAAUGAACGACUCUCUCUCUCUCUCUCUCUCUCUCUCUCUCUCUCUCUCUCUCUCUCUCUCUCUCUCUCUCUCUCUCUCUCUCUCUCUCUCUCUCUCUCUGAUAACGAUAAAAUGGCAUGUUGAUAUCUAGAAAUUAAUGAACUUGUAAAGAUAGUAAAAAACAUUUCAUAUUCUCAUUCUCUUUAUUGUAACCAAAAUAAUAAUAAUAAUAAUAAUAAUAAUAAUAAUAAUAAUAGACAUACAAUAAUAAUAGCAAUAGUACUUCAGACAGACAGACACACAAAAUACACCUAUAUAAUUUAAUAGAGCAUUGAUAGAAGUAGUAGUAUUAAUUUGGUGCGUGGGAAGAGAGAAGUGAGAGGCUGGGAGAGUUCGGCAAAAGAAAGGCAGGAUUAGAAAGACUAAUUAUAAGUUAUAGGGAAGCAGUUCAUAAGGUGGGAGAACUAAUUAUAUCAGUUUGUUACUAUUAUUAUUAUUAUUAUUAUUAUUAUUAUUAUUAUUAUUAUUAUUAAUAUUAUUAGUUUUUGUGCUUAUAUCAAUGCUAAAUCAAAUGCAUAUAUAAAACCAGACAAUAAAACGGGGAAUUAAAGUUUGGCAUGACGUACGGUAAUGUGGAGAGAAACUGAACGAUGGCAAUGUACGAUUAUUAAAAUAACUUCUAAUUUAACUCUCAAAAAAAAAAAAAAAAAAAAUCAUUACAUACAUAAAAUAAAAACUAACGAGAAAGAAGUAUUAGUUUAUGGAGCGUACAGUAAUGAGGAGAGAAAGGUACGAUGUCAAUGUACCGUAAUAGAAAAUUUUGAAUGAAUGUCGAACACUCUUUAAUCAAACAUAUAGAUUGAACUUGAUCAGAUAAAAUAAUAAAUACGGUAAUGUGAGCAAUAAUGGGAUGAAUUAUUUUUUUAAUUAUAAAAAAAGAAUGGAAUAUUUUCAUUGUUUAUGUGGAAACGACAAAUUAUUACAAUGGUGAACUAAACAGAUAGAUUAAAUAAACAAAUAAGCAGAUAGAUAAAUAAACAAAUAAAUAAAAUUACACCGAUCAAUCUUACCGAUCGACGACUAAAUAGAUAAAUAAGUUAAUUAGAUAAGGUUACAUUAGUUACAUUACAUUAGGUUAGUCAAGGGGAGACUCAAGGAAAAAGAUAAAUAAAACAAACCUCAUAUAACAAUACAGACAUAAGACGGCAGUGUGUCUGUGUGUGUGAGUUUCUGAUAAUGAUGGGAGUCUCCUCAGCAGCCCCUAGAGAAUCAAAGGAAACAAACUAAUCGGCAUCGUGGUGGUAAGAAAGGUGAACGGGGAGGAGAUGAGAGAAAACGGGGAGAUACGAGAUGGUAUGGGACUGGGAGACUGGGAGUGAACGAGUCAGUCAGUGAGUAGACAGCGAGGAGGAGGGGUGUGUUGCUCUCGUCUCCUGUGUUUCGUGAGGUGUUACCAGAUCCACGUGGCCUCCCCUGCCCCUCCCUCCCUGCCAGCCUCCCUUACCAGCCCUCCCCAGCCCCCCUUCCUCUGUUAGACUCCCCUCCUCUCCUCUCCCUACCAGUCCCUGCCAGCCUCUACCAGCCUUCCCACGGCAAGAUGAAGGUGGUGGUGGUGGCGGAGGUGGUGAUGGUGGUGGUGGCAACAUUACAAGUUCAGGCAACGCAGACGAAGGAAACAGCAGAGGACACUAACCCUGAGGCACUCCAGCUGAUCCAACACUCCCUCACUUCACUGCAGCCUGGCCUCCUUCACCCUGCUGCCGAGGAAAAGAACUUGACAGAAGGUUUUGACAAUAGUAGCAGUAGUAGUAGUAAUAGCAGUAGUAGUAGUAGUAGUAGUAGUAGUAGCAGAAGAUGCAUAACCACGGGAAUCUGUAGUGAAGAUGGCACUGAUAACUUAAACAACAACAACAACAACAACAACAACAACAGUAGCAAACGUAACUAUAAAACCAAACUCACCACAUUUAAAACACGCAAAAACCAAAAAAUCCCUCAAAAAUACAAGAUUCACAACAAGCGGUCCUUGAAACAGUCCCGUUUUAGACCAAGUGGUGUCCUCCGUGGACCUGGGACGAGGGGCUCUGAUAGGAGGCCAUUUAGGACUCGAGAAGGACUGGGUGGUGGUGGUGGUAGUAGUAGCGAGGAGGAGGAGGAAGAGGAGAGACGAGAGGAGGAGGAAGAGAGGCUGAAGGAGCUAAAAGAAGAGGAGGAGGAGGCGAAGCGAGAGGAGGAAGAGGCGAGGCAAGAGGAGGAGAAAAAUAGGAUAGAGCGAGAAGAGGAGGAGGAAGAGACGAGGCGGGAAGAGGAAGAGGCGAAGCGGGAAGAGGAAGAGGCGAGGCGGGAAGAAGAAAAGGAGGAGGAAGAGGCGAGGCGGGAAGAAGAAAAGGAGGAGGAAGAGGCGAGGCGGGAAGAGGAAGAGGAGGAGGAAGAAAAGAGGCAAGAGGAAGAAGAGAAACGGCGUGAAGAGGAGGAAAAGGCUCAGGAUGGAGAGGAAGAGGAGGAGGAGGAAGAAGAUCAGGAUCAGCAGGAGGAAGAAGAACCGCAGGAGGAGGAGGAGGAGGAAGAGAAGCAACAACUAGUACAGCAGGAAGAGGAAGAGGAGGAAGACCUUCUGCAGGAGGAGGAGGAAGAGCAACAAUCACAACCACCAGCACAAGAGGAAGAAGAGGAAAAGGAGGAGGAGGAAGAACAACAACAACAACAACAACAACAGGAAGAAAAAGAAGAAGAAGAAGAAGAAGACGAACCCAAACCACAACCUCAACCACCACCACCACCACAACAACAACAACAACAACAACCACAACCACAACACGCCAGCAUACCAGCAGCAGAGUCUUCCCUCCACGCCUCCUUCAGAUCACAAGAUACCAAUGACCACAGGAAUCUCUCAGCGGCUAUUCUUCACUUAGUUGACGUCGUGCUUAAGGACACAGAAAGGACAGGCCACUCCCUCCCUACCACCAGCACCUCCACCACCUUUCCGUCACGCCUCAGAAACUGGGUAGCAUCUAUUCUGCACCCUACAGACACAGACACUCGUGAAGGUGCUGUAGAAGAGGUUGGGCAUGUGAAGGUAGGCGCUGCUGUUUUCAGGGAUGGUACUCGUGGCAAACUUUCUCUCAGGAAAGGUGGGGACGCAGCGAAGGAUAUGCAUGGACAGGUAGAUGGCAAUGGCGAGGAAGUUGUGUUGUAUAGAGACGCGAGGGAAAUGAAUGAGCAGGUAGACGGGGAGGGAAAGAAAGCUGCAUUACUCAAACAAGCCAAGGAAACAAGGAGACAGCUAGACGGAGACGAAAAGAAACCAGUAUUUUAUAAAGCAACGAGAGAAAUGAAUAGACAGAUAGACAGGGAGGACAAGAAACCCUCUUUACCCACAAAGUCGAAAGAGACAGACACAACAGCGAAGAAAACAGACAAACAGACAGACAGAGACUUAAACGAACGAACAUUACACAGAAAACCACAAUUACAAAGCCAAGAUUCUUCACAGGUAACACAAAAAGACUUAGCGCCAAGGAGAAAGAGACGAGCGGCCACGGAGGAGAAGGAGGAGAAGAAGGAGGGGGAACAAAAGGAUACAGAGGCAGAGGAACUCCCCACGCCUGCGGAAUUAGCCUGGGUUAAUCCUACGGAGCUCGUGAGCCAGGGGGCCUAUGUAGAGGACGUCCCCUCCAUCGCUAACUUGGUAGGACUGCGGCUUUUCAAAUAUGAGUUUCCGCCUCCCGCUCUCCCCCGCUCCCCUGUCCCGGGUUCAAAUCAGCCAAUGAACACGCGGUCUCACUUGGCGGGGAAUUCAAACCAUCCAGUUAUCACACGGCCUCCUCUUACACCAAAACUGAACCAGCCAAUCAACACGCGGUCUCACGUGAUUGGAAAUUCAAAUCAGCCAAUAAAUGCACGCGCUUCUCUCCACCCUGCGAAUCAGCCAAUCAACACUCGCUCUCCUUUCCCUGCAAGUUCAAAUCGCCCAAUCAACACGCGUUCUCCUUACCCGGGAAAUUCAAAUCAGCCAUUGAACACUCGCCUGCCUCCCACGAACACCCAGACACACCCACGCCUCCCCACCUCACCCAACACCCUUCCAUCCUUCGGUGACUCCUUCCACGACUCCUUCGAUAGAUACUACAAGAAGUUCAGAGGUCCCAGUCACGCCUUUGAGACCAGCAGGGCAACGGGAGGCGGUAACAUAGACAGCUACCCUCGCAGGCCGCCCUACCCGCCUCGCCCUGUCUAUCCAUCCACAACAGACACUUUGCUGAACCUCCUAAACCCGUUAAAUCUCUUUUCUCACAAUAACUUCCCUCAGAUACCUAGAUACCCACAACCUUUAUCGCCCCCACACAUCCCACAGAAGCCCCCACACCUGCCGCAGAGUCCCCGAAGCGUCCCGGAGAAGGAGACCAGCGGAGGAUUGACGUAUGAGGUGAUAGUCAACGAGGAGGCAGAGAAACACAAGGGCUAUCAGUUUAAAGAGGAUUACCCGCUAAGAGAGGACUUAUACGUUGGUCAGGAUGGUAAUAUUUAUCUGAAAAGUAGUGAUGCUGACAGUCCCACGGCCACGGUGACUGCAGAGCCACCCACCUACCACAUAGACCACCAGCAGGACCACCAGCAGGACCACAAGCAAGACCCUGAAGACCCCUUCCUGAGUGAAUAUUCUAAACUCCUCCAUAACCACAAUCUAGAGAACUACAACUAUUUAGAAGAUUACGACUACGACUACUACUCUGCGGACGACACCCAGGACUCCUACGCCCCUGAGGACACGUACAGGACCCCGCGCCCUAGCCAGAGACCCCAGGAAGCUACAUAUGACCCUUACGAGGCGGGGUAUGAAGGAAACGCUGGUUACCCACGCCAGCAGAGGACCCCGUAUCCUUACCCAACGAGUCCUCCCAACCGCCCGCCCUGGUCCAUGGAUACAGGGAUACUGGGGUGGUUACUAGGCCCCCUGAGUCGCCCAGCACUCCCUAACUACUUCUACAGCCCGAGGGAGGUGCAAAUACCGAGGUACAGAUACGAUUCCUUCAGGUACAAACGGUAUCACACACCGAACUCUCACUUAAAUCAGCCGUUGCAGUCUGUUCACAGUCAGCUCAUUACCAACCCACAUUCGCAACGCAGACGCCCAUCCACGUCCCUUUCACACCGCCCGCACACCACCCAGGCACCCACGCAGCGCCCCACGUCCCAGUACGCCCACACCAAGCCCCCAGUGGGAAGUAAUAAAGGGUUUUAUCCUGGUAAUGGAUUCUUCGAUACAGACUUUCCGACCUUGUUUCAUAUGGAGAACGAGGCUGAAGAUUUACCCACGCCUCUGCCUGCUGCUGUGUCCACGCCCACGCCCACGCCUACACCUACGUCUGAGGCUUAAUUUACGUCUUUCAUCUUCCCGUUUCGCCUCGUGGUCUUGGUUCAAAGGCGCGGUUAGGUUAAGUAAAAGAUUUGUGGUUUUAUCUUCAGCUUUUCGUUCGAUAGUUUUGGGUUGAGAUGUACGAGAGUUUGUGUUUUAUUGUUUUAUUGUCUUAUUAUUAUUAUUAUUGUUAUUAUUAGUUCUCGUGUGCCUCACUUCAGUUGUUUAUUUAUAUUUUGUUUUGUUAGUUUUUUGUUCGUCUUUCGUUGUGUUGUUAUUUGUUAUUUUUUUAUUGUUGUUGUUGUAUUAUUCGUAAUUGAUCCAUAUUGUGUUUACUUGUCAUCUGUUGUUAUUUUUGUUAUAUGGUACACAGUUUUUUUACGUUAUCUCGGUUCGUGGUCUGGUAGUGGUAGCAGUAGUAUUAGUAGCCGUAGAAGUAGUAGUAGUAGUAAUAGUAGUAGUAGUAGUUCUGGUAUGCCGUAUUAAUGAAACCUCUUACUCUGUACCUAAUUAUCGUACUUGUUAUCGUAUAUACUCGUCAACUGUAGCAAAUGUGUAGUACCAAUCCCAAUUCCCCUACAAUUACCGUACUCUCGUCACUUUUAAUAAUCGUACACUUCGUCUUAAUUAUCGUACUCACUACCAUGUUGUUGUUAACCGUUGUUAGAAAAAUAAAAAUGCUAAAAUAAA